AUGUCCUCGAAACAAGACAACGCUCGCUUCGGCGGAAACUCUGGUAUGGAGCAGAAGCGCAAUUUGGCUAGCGCCACACAAAAUCAAGACUCGGCCUCUCGUCUACAGGCCAAGUCGAAAGCCAGUCAACAGAAGCAGGAGGAUCUGGGACCAACCCAGCUUUUAGCGGAACACAUGAACGCGGCUGGCAAUCCUGUUCCUGACACGCCGACCGGAAAGCAGGGCAAAGAUGACGUUGAUUUUUAUGAAGCUAUGACCAAGGACUUUGAUUAG